AUGUGCGCCGCUACGGUAGCUUCCAUAUACGAUGUUCAUCAACUGGUCGAUUUUUACAGAUUGGCCUACAAAGCGGGCUAUGGAUUUGGAGAAGCUACAUCGGGGGCUUACCCACUGGUUAGCGGUGUACCUCCAGCAGGCGUUUUUGGUGGUAGUCCAACUUUAAAAGCACGAGAUGUUAGUUUCGACACUAGCUCGAAGGAACCUCAUCUUGUGAGGGCUCGUGUGUUCGUUGGUAAUAUGAACACAAAUGUUAUCACGCGCGACGACAUCAUCCGACUCUUUAGCGCUUAUGGGACUCUUUUGGGUGUCACAGUUUUUAAGGGAUAUGCUUUCAUACAGUAUGGUACCUCAACAGAAGCGGAUCUUGCAGUAAGCGCUCUUAAUGGAUACAGCUGGAACGGUUCCAUACUUGAUGUGAAGCUCGCCAUUGCUGGAAUGAAAUCGCACAACGUUACAUCGACUGUUUCAACCUCUAACGGGGUGAAACGUGGCGCUGAAAACUUUUCCGGUAGCAGUGCAAAUGCAAAAAAAGAACGACUUGAUGAUUAUGGGAAGGCGGCAGCGCAGAACAAUCGAAAUCGGCAAACUGCAGCAACGGAUAGUACGGAAAGUCGGAAUUUAUAUGAAACUGGUAUGCCUGAUACAUUAAUAUGCGGUGGUUGUCGUUUUGUAACUACUGAUUUUGAAGACUUCAGAGAACAUCGUAAAUCUGCCUGCCCCAUAAAUCAUGUCGACGGUGAGGUGGAAAAUGAAGAAAUGAAGUGGCAGUGUUCGAUGUGUGAUGAAGUUUGUGCAAGUGGAGGAGCACUUAUUGAUCAUGCUCUAGAUAGACACAAUAUUCGAUUGCUGAAAAAUGGCACAGAAUAA